UUAAUUUAUAAUCACUACUGCUUUAUACCACAAGAAUGUCUUUCAUUUGCCCCAGUGAAAGCCGCUGUCAAGAUCAUCGAAAAGACAAAAUUCGAUGCCAAGACCCAGCGACUGCUGUCCCGCGAAAUAGAGGCAAUGGAGCGAUUGAAUCAUCCGCACGUGAUUCAACUUUACGAAGUACAAAGCAGCAUUUCGAGGCUUCACCUUGUUUUGGAAUAUGCCCCUGGCGGCGAAUUGUAUGGCACUCUGAUAAAAAACGGUCGUAUGGAAGAGAAGGUGGCUAAAGUGAUUUUCAUCCAGAUUGCGUCUGCCCUGAAACAUUUAUCGUUUGGUGAUCUAUGCUUUAUUGUCUGCCUUCAGCACGAGCACGAUGUCAUUCACCGAGACUUAAAAGCCGAGAACAUUUUCUUCUCGGCUCCUCUCUUCGUCAAGCUAGGCGACUUUGGCUUCUCCACAGUGGCCGGUACUGGCACUCGACUGAUGACCUUCUGUGGAUCUCCACCAUAUGCAGCACCCGAGCUCUUCACCGAUGACUCUUAUUUCGGUCGUCCCGUUGAUCUCUGGGCGCUGGGUGUGAUCACAUACUUCAUGGUGACCGGUAUUCUACCCUUCAGGGCUGAUACAGUGGCUAAGCUGAAGCGCCUGAUCGCUGCCGGCAAGUUCACCAUGCCCUUGCUCAUCUCCAUACCCUGUCAACGUCUUCUCCAGGGCCUCCUUUGUCCGCGACCCGAAACUCGGCUUACGGUGGAUCAGCUGGCCAACAUCGAAUGGCUCGAGGGUGCUCUGCCAAUGCCGGGUCAACUGGGAGCCUCAGCAACCGACAGAAGUGAAGUGGAGAUGAGGGCUGCUCAUGCUCAAGUGCUGCAAGCCCUGCAGAUCUGGUGGGGCAUCGACCCAAAUGAAGUGGAACAGGCAUUGGCUGCUGGACCGACGCAUCAUCUGACUGGAAUCUACAGAAUGUUGGUCAGCCAGGCAGGUGCUAGGGCGAGAGGAGACGGAAAACCCAACGAAAGUGUGCCAGAUGGGAAAGUGUCGAAUGCGAUGGAGGAGCAAGACGAGACGACCAGCUCAGCGGAUCGGGCAGGGGAAAAAGUGGCCGUCGAGGUGGCGAGAAGUCGCUUGGCUCAGAGCAAUUGGGCAACUGCCAGGCUUCCACCUCUUCUUACGAGCCAGGCUUUGGCCAAGAUUGUUGGUCAGCAAAAAUGCGCACGAUUUUCGAGGUCAGAGGCAAAGGAGCGGCCGACACUUGAUCCUACCAAAUCCACAUUGGCUUUUGUCACUACGUCUGGUGGAGAUGCACCCUUGGAAGGUCAGGCAGGACAAAAUGAAGCUACCGGUCGACUCACCAGUAGGACCUGCCAACUGGUCUAG